AUGUCACGCACACUGCUCACCUCGGGUUACGGCGGCAAGAUCUACACCCUGGCCUUCGACCCCGCCUCGUCCUCACUCCGCACCUCCUCAACCGUCUCCUGCGGCAAAGCCCCGACCUGGCUGACUUUGUCCGGUCAACACCCCAUCGUCUACACCGGUGACGAAUUCUCCCAACCCGACGGCAUCCUCCAUGCGUUCCGCUUCGACGCAUCCGGCUCGCUCGACUCGCUCUCAACGGCCAAAGUCGCGGAGGGACCGGUCCAUUUCUGCCUCUCGAGUGACGGGAGGAGGAUGUUUACGGCAAACUAUGCCAGUGGGACUUUGAGUGUCGUUGGGAUCAAGGAGGACGGGACGUUUGACGAGGAGGGAAAGGUCGAGACGAGGGUUUUCAAGGGUACUGGGCCAAAGAAGGACAGGCAGGAGGCGCCGCACGUUCAUGGAGUCUACCUCGACCCGACAAACCGCUACCUCUUCGCUGCCGACCUCGGCGCCGACGUCCUCCGCGUCUUCGACGUCUCCUCCCCCGACAAGCUCGAGCAACUCCCGGCAAUCACCAUGCCCGCCGGCAACGGUCCCCGUCACCUCGUCUUCACCACUCCAGGCGAGAACUCGUCCCGCACGGUCCUUUACUUGAUGGAGGAGAUCCGGUCGACGAUUGCGGUGUUUGAAGUGGAGUAUCCGUCGGAGAAGAGCCCGGACUUGAGCUUGAAGGCAUUGCAGAAGGAGGUCUCGAUCCUUCCGCCGGACUUCACGGACCACCAAGGCGACUGGACUGGCGCGGAGCUCGCCAUCUCGCCCAGCGGCCGCUACCUCUACGCCUCGAACCGCUGUCCCGUCGACAAACCUGCACCCUACGACACCCUCGCCAUCUUCGAACUCACUGCCGCCGGCACGCUCAACACGAACGUCUCGCCCGUCCAAUUCGACCUCGGUGGACGAGGACCGCGACACUUUGCGCUCAGCCCGAAGAAGGACGACGAGAGGGAGGGCAAGUACAUGGCUGUUGCGCUGGAACGGACGAGCGAGGUGGUCGUGUACGAGGUGGACGAGGACAAGCAGGAUCGGUUGACGGAGGUUGCCCGCCUGAAGGAUAUCGACCAGCCGACGUGCAUUCAGUGGCUGCCGUAG